CCUUGACCGUGUGUCUCACAAUGGUAUUGUAAGUAAACACAAUGAGGGCCAGGGAUGUCCUUGACCGUGUGUCUUUCACAGUGGUAUUGUAAGUAAACACAAUGAGGGCCAGGGAUGUCCUUGACCGUGUGUCUUUCACAGUGGUAUUGUAAGUAAACACAAUGAGGGCCAGGGAUGUCCUUGACCGUGUGUCUUUCACAAUGGUAUUGUAAGUAAACACAAUGAGGGCCAGGGAUGUCCUUGACCGUGUGUCUUUCACAGUGGUAUUGUAAGUAAACACAAUGAGGGCCAGGGAUGUCCUUGACCUUGUGUCUUUCACAGUGGUAUUGUAAGUAAACACAAUGAGGGCCAGGGAUGUCCUUGACCAUAUGUCUUUAACAUUGGUAUUGUAAGUAAACACAAUGAGGGCCAGGGAUGUCAUUGACCGUGUGUCUUUCACAAUGGUAUUGUAAGUAAACACAAUGAGGGCCAGGGAUGUCCUUGACCGUAUGUCUUUCACAGUGGUAUUGUAAGUAAACACAAUGAGGGCCAGGGAUGUCCUUGACCUUAUGUCUGACAGUGGUAUUGUAAGUAAACACAAUGAGGGCCAAGGAUGUCCUUGACUGUGUGUCUUUCACAGUGGUAUUGUAAGUAAACACAAUGAGGGCCAAGGAUGUCCUUGACCUUAUGUCUUUCACAAUGGUAUUACAGCGAGUUAUGCGUGGGUGUGGACAUAAUGACUUUGAUCUAAGAGAUGUUAUUGAGCCAACCACAAAAAGGUUGAUCAGAACGAUGAGUGCAGCAAUUAACUUCUACCAGUUUAAGAUCAGCCGAAUGGAAGUUUAUGAGCAGCUGAAGAGUGAGAAUGAACAUUUUCGAGAACAGCAUGACUAUCUGGUGAAAGCGAAUGACGAGUUACAGCAGAGAAUUAACACAAUAAAAGCUAAACGAGCUCAGGAAGAACCUGACGUCCAGAAACUGCAGGAAGAGAUAGAAACCCUCACUAAGAAGACAUCAGAAUAUCACAAGAUUCAGAGUGCAUUUCAGAAACGAAUUAACGAGAUUAAGGAGAAGCUUGCAGAGAAGACUGCUCUCAAGGACCAGAUAAAGGUGGACAUCCUCACUGCGGAGAAGGAGAACGAGAAGCUGUCUCAGAAGAUUGUGCAGUCCCCCGAGCGACUCCGACAGGAGCUGGAGCGGAUGGAGUACACCGUGUCCAGCCUGCGCACCGCGCUCGUCGACAAGCAGCAACACCUGAGUCACCUGUGUUCACAGCGUGAGAAGAUGCAGCAGACGGAGGCGUGCGCUGAGAAAGGGUUAAAGCUGCUGCAGGCCGUGCAGGACGACAUCAACAAGGAGAAUGAGGUGAAGAAAGGUAUCUCUGGUAUUCACGAGAAGCAGCAAGAGCAGCAGGUGAUUGUGUCCGCUAUCCAGGCCAAGAUCAAGGAUUUGGAGCAGCAGCUGUCGUUCACGCAGGAGAAAACGCCGCGACUCAUCAGCCAGCACCGCAUGAAGAUGUCCACCGUCAAACAGCAGGCCGACCACCGCAAACAAGAAUUAUCCGUUUUAAAAGAGAGAGCCAGUGUGAACGAGGUGGAGAAGAUGAAAGUAAUGAAUGAAGUGCGAAGCGUGGACGAAACGAUGGAGGCCAGUGAGAAACAGAACGCAAGAGAGUUACAAGUAGUAGAAGAACAGUACGCUAAGACAAUGGAUGCGUUGGACGAAUUUCAUGUUGGACUUGGGAGAGGUUUGGAAAACGUUUUGAAGAGAGACUAGUAUGUGACUUGUGACAGUAGCAUGGAAACAGUUUAGAUUGAGUAUAAGCUGUGAUGGAUUGUUGCCACAGUAGAGGUUUUUCCUGUUCCACUGUGCCUGCAAAUACAAUUGAUGCACAGAUGAAAGUAUCAGCCGAUGCAGGAAGUUUCUAGAAAAGGAGUGCAACUUAAAGAAAAAACAUCACCUACAGAUUCCAAGUGCACUAUUAUUAUGCAUUUACUAUGUGACUGUCUAUGCUAGAAAUACCAAGCCAACCUCGAUAUUACACCAACACUUAGUUUUAGGGGGGGGGGGGGGGGGGGUGCUCACACACCCUUUAUAUCUGCACCUGGAUAGUGAGUAUAUUCAUUUGCUGCCAGGAAUCCCCAUUUAAAGGAACAUACCUUAGUUUUUAAACACUAAGGCAUAUUUUUGACGGUUAGAGCCAUUUUUGAUAACUGAAAUCAUACUUUACUUAGAUUUUAUUGUUUAGAUUGUCCAUUUUUGUACAUUCGAAGUGUUUUUGGUCAUCCUGGUGUUUUUAAUAUCACAAAAUGCAUUUCUCAUAUUUUUUUAAAAAGUACAUGCAUCUGAGAGGUAAGUUAUGGAGUCUGAGUUUUAGUCUACUUUUAGAGGGUAUUUCACCAUUUCAAAGUCACAGACUGAUGUUUCACUUUGUUGUAACUUUAUCCAAAUGUGUUACAGAUUUGUAGAUUAACUAAACUUAGUGUUAAUUUUCAUGGGCUGAAGCUAGGGUAUGUCCCUUUAAUCGGCAGUCUGUCUGGUACUCUGUUACCAACUUUGAACAGCAACAUCUGUUUACUAAACUCUAAAUGGUGUAUAGACAUGUUUACAAUAAACAGUAAGUCCGGUACACAUAUAAGUUUGUCCAGUAUACGUAUUGGAUAGGUGUUCAAUACAUUGACCUUGCUGUAUUUUUUGCCAGGUGUCUUUCUUAUACAGGUUUAUUUGAAAGCACUAUUUGAACUAUAGAAGUACAUUUUUCGUCUUUGGUCUAUUCCUGUUUUAGACUUCGUCAGAACAUCUCUAUCAUCUUCCUUCUUUCUCUCCGUCUCACUUCUUAUUCUAAUAAUCCUUUGUCUAAUUUAUAACAGUCAAUAAAUUUCUAAAAAACA